AUGGAUCGGGACCACCGCUCCCACCCCUCUCUCUCCGCCCCUCCCUCACACCAUAGAGACGCCCCUGCGCAGUCCUCCAAGCGGACCAGAGCGGCCCCGUGGCCGCUCGCCUUCCUCUUCCGGCUGCGCAUGCUCCGUGCAGCCCCGCGCCAUUCAAACCGCAGCGGAGCCCCGUUACCCGGUGCCCGUUACCGUUACCCGGAGCCCGUUACCGGUCCCGCAGCCCCGUUACCGUUACCCGGAACCCGUUACCGUUACCCGGUGCCCGUUACCGGUCCCACGGCCAUGGCUCCCCGGCCGCCGCCGGAGCUGCAGGAGCUGCAGGAGCUGAGCACGGAGCUGGGCCGGGUGAUGCUGUCCGAGCGCUCCACUGCCCUCCUGCGGCAGGGCCUGGAACUGCAGGCCCGGGGCAGCACCGGGGUCCUGGCGGCGCAGGAAGGGGCGGCCCGCAUGGACACAGAGCUGCGUGCCACCGAGCAGGCCGUGGCGCAGGUGCUGCUCUCCCGUGAGGCUGCUCUGCAGCGGGGCCGGCGGCGCCUGCAGGACCUGCGCCAGGAGCUCCGGAGCCGGCGGGAGGAGAGCGGGAGCCUCCGGGAGAGCAACGGGGCCCUGGCCCGGGAGCUGGCAGAGCUGCGGGAGCAGCAGCGGCAGCAGGAGGAGGAGCGGGAGCGGGAGGAGGAGGGGCUGGUGUCCAUGCAGUACCUGCUCCACCUCUUCCACAAGCUCAGCCUCAUCUCCUGGGACAGUGAGGCCAAGCCCUGGCACGUGAAAGGCAUUCACUUCGGCCCCUCCAUCGCUCAGCCCCUGGACAUCGAUGGGCGGCACCAUUCCCAGUGCUUCAUUUCCGAUUACCUCUGGAGCCUCAUCCCCCACCAGUGGUGACCCCCCCGGUGUCAUCCUGACCCCCACAUCCUGAUCCUGACCCCCCCAUCCCGAUCCUGACCUCCCCAUCCCGAU